UCAAUGAGUGCCCAAAGGCGGUUUGAAAAAUAAACAACAACAACGAGGCUGUCGCACGUUAGCAACGGUUAAACUUUGGUCUGGCCGUAUUGAUCCAACACCUUCGAGUGGAAAAGUCAACUUCAUUCUUUCGUCGUCUUUUCGUUUCCGCGGUUCUAAUUUAACAAUUCCCAAGAAAUGUCCUCAACAACCGGAGGUCGUCGUCCCGGGAAUCGUGGAGGAAAAUCUACACGUGGACAGCGAGGUGCCAACGCUAGGAAAACAUCUCUUCCCGGAGGACUUUCUUCGACCAGAGACAAGCUGUUUGCCAAGCAGGAAAGUGAAGAAUCCGAAUCGACCGAUGCCGUUUCCUCGUCGGAUGAAGAAGAGCGCUGGAAGGAGUCCAACCUGUCCCAGGAUGUUCCCUCGGAGUACUGGCACAUCCAGAAGUUGGUCAAGUAUAUGAAGGCGGGAAACCAGACGGCCACCAUCGUCGCCCUUUGCUGUCUCAAAGAUCACGACCUCACAACACAGAUGAACCAAAGGGCGAUUCAGGAUUGCGGCGGGCUGGAAGUGCUCGUUAAUCUGCUCGAGAGUAACGAUCUCAAAUGCCGACUGGGAGCGCUGACGGUCCUGUCGGAGAUAUCGUCCAAUUUGGACAUCCGUCGUUCGAUUGUUGAUCUCGGGGGUAUUCCGCUGUUGGUGCAAAUCCUGUCCGAGCCGGGUCGGGACCUGAAAGUGAUGGCCGCCGAAACAUUGGCACACGUGGCCAAGGUUCGGCUGGCCCGGAAACUGGUACGCAAAUGCGGCGGCGUGCCGAGGCUGGUGGAUUUGCUGGACGUGGGCAUCAACGUGCUCCGUUCGCAGCGGGACCAGCUGACCGAGGACGAGCGGGAGAUGUUGGACACGGCCCGGGCCGGAGCUCGUGCCCUCUGGUCCCUGUCCGAGUCGCGCCACAACAAGGAGCUAAUGUGCAAGGGAGGCAUCGUACCGCUGAUGGGACGCUUGCUCAAGAGUGUCCAUACCGAUAUCGUUGUUCCGACGAUGGGUACCAUCCAGCAGUGUGCCUCACAGGCCAGCUACCAGCUCGCGAUCACCACCGAGGGGAUGAUAGUCGAUAUCGUGUCGCAUCUGAACUCGGACAACCUGGAUCUGAAGCGGCAGUGCAGUUCCGCUAUUUUCAAGUGCGCCAGUGAUAAGACGGCCAGCGAUAUGGUGCGAGAGUCUGGAGGUUUGGAACCACUGGUUGCGAUCGCCAAGGAUAAAUCCGUCCGGGACAACAAGUCGCUUCUGGCAGCGGCCACCGGUGCAUUGUGGAAGUGCGCUGCCAGUGAAGCCAAUGUCAAGAAACUGGACCAGUUGAAAACGGUCCAAGUGUUGGUACAGCUGCUGAACGAUGAAAGUGAAGAUGUGCUGACCAAUGCAGUUGGAGCGAUUUCAGAAUGUGUCAAGUUUCAAAACAACCGCGAUGUUUUGCGUACUUGUGGCGGAAUACCGUUGCUGGUCAAUUUGCUGAACAUGACCCAUGCUCCGCUGCUGGAAAACAUUGCCAAAACGCUGAAAGAAUGUGCGUUGGAUCCGGAAAGCAUGAUCAUCAUGGAGGAGCUAGAUGCUAUCCGAUUGAUUUGGUCAUUGCUCAAGAAUUCCAAUCCUAAGGUACAAGCUCACGCUGCUUGGGCCCUUUGCCCUUGUAUCGAAAACGCUAAGGAUUCCGGAGAACUGGUGCGAAGUUUCGUGGGUGCACUGGAGUUGGUUGUGGGUCUGCUGAAUUCCCGAGAUAACUUCGUACUGUCGGCGGUUUGUGCGGCCAUUGCGACCAUUGCAAAGGAUCGGGAAAACCUAUCGGUUUUGUCGGAUCACAAGGUGAUCCCGAUGUUGGCCCACCUCGUUUACACCACGGACGAUCUGUUGAGGGAGAAUUUGGCGGCCGCCAUCGCCAGCUGUGCCCCGUACUCUUUCAACACUCAGGAGCUGGGCCGAUUGAGAACCGUUACACCCAUCGUCGGAUACAUGGUUAGCAACAACCCUCGGGUUCAUCGAACCACGGCCAUGGCUCUGCAGAAACUCUCGGAAGAUCCUCAGAAUUGCAUCACGAUGCAUCAGAGCGGCGUGGUUCCAUUUCUACUGGAAACUGUCGGCUCUAAGGAUCGUGAGUUGCAGGAGGCUUCCGCAGGUUGUUUGCAGAACAUUCGGAAAUUGGCCCUCAGAGCGGAGGAAAUGGAAUUUCGUGGAGAGUAACAGUCUAAAUUAUUGUCUUUCUGUGUUUGUUGAUAUAAAUAUGUUUUGAGGUUUUCCAAAACACCUUUAAACUUUGCUGUUAUUCACGAGGAGAAACUUCUGGGAAAGGAAUUUUUUAAAGUUGAAAAAGUUUAAGGUCCGUUAAUUAUUGAAAUUUUCCGUAAAAUUAAUA